AUGGGCAGCAGGUCUACUACGCCCCUGCAGAGUUGUAGUGCGACAAGCAGCCCUGCUUCCUUUCGCGCCUCUCCUUGCAAAAUAGACCAUCCUGGUCUUCAUCCAGCUCCUGCUUGCUUCCCUUCAGCACGGAAACACCAUUAGGGCAGAAGGAAACAAAUUGCACACUUGAUAGACGUCCCAACGAGUCUAGUCACUUCUCAUCACCUGUUCUCCGACCGCAUACCUAGAUGUAACAGAUAGUCGGUUCGCGUGUGCAAGAACGGCGCCGAUAUUUUGCUGCUAUUAGUGCAUCGAUUUCCGGAUCGUAGAAUACCUUCUGCUCCUUAGCACCUGCUCUAGCGCGGCACAGACUACUAGUUCCAGGUAUGUCGAUCAGCGCAUGGUCGAGCUCAGAAUACCUUAGCCAGGUGUAUUUUGAGUCGACUGAAAGUGCAGCAACCAGUUGUGUCGACCAGCGCAUUUCCAAGCUCCGAUCAUUUUAGCGUCCUUCUCACCUCCUGUUGUUACACCGCAAUUUAGAGCCCCUAUUCGCAAUCUCCACCUUUGUAGUCUAAUUUACGGCGUAGACCCUAGGUUAGGAAUAUCAACCUUCUAAACCGCUCCGGCUUUAUCGAGUAGACGAGUAGAUAACGUCAGUUUCAAGCUUGCGAGAUUCGACAGUAACAGGUAGCAGAAGAUAGCUUUAACUCUGCCCACUAACCUAGGCCAAGUCAUCACUGGUUCACCUCGACAGGGACUCAAACAGCACUAUACCGGGGACAGCGUGUAGCGAGUUCAACAAUAUGCCGUCGCAGCGUCUUGCCCCCUCCCUUCCACCCGUCACGGAGGGAGACGAGGAGGCACGGUCCGGGGACAUGUCGAUCGCGUCGGCUUGUAGCGUGGACGCGUCGACUUGCAUUGCAAGCGACGGAGAUAGACGAGGAGAGAGAGCAGCGGUGCAGGGAGAGGGCGGCGCGGCGAACCAUAUGAGCCGCAACGACUCGGUGGCGUCUACUGAGUCGGCUGAAAAUCGGGCGGCGGUGCAGGGAGAGAGCGGCGCGGCGGCAAACCAAAUGUGCCGCGACGACUCGGCGAAGUCAACUCUUGAGCCGAUUAAAAUGCGGGCAGCGGUGCAGGGAGAGAUUUGCGGCGCGGCGAACCAAAUGUGUCGCGACGACUCGAUGACGUCGACGCCGCGAUCCGAUACGUCGGAGUGCCGCAUGGCGUACACGCCGAACGAGCUGCUGCAGAUGACUGAAGCGGCAUGGGCUGCGCCAUGGGAGGAUCGCCGUCCCGGAAGCCAAUCAGCAUCGCCAGCGCCACUUGGCUCCAAAUCUUCAUCUCAGCCGUUGGAUCUUCAGCGCGCGCUUUCCUGCGAUCGCGCGUCGCUUUCCAGCUUCAUCUUGUCGACCCCGUCGCCUGCCCGCAGAAGCGGCGGAAGCGGAAGCGGAAGCGGAAGCGGAAGGUUCUCCGCAUCGCCUGGGCGCGGAAGCGGAGGCAUCCCCGCGCAACCAAAUGCUUCCCCCGGCCUCCUCCCCCCGCAUUCCCCCAUGGUGUUGCGCGAGUGGGAGGAAUUUCUCUUCGUUAACGGUACUUCCCCCUCCCCCAACGCGUCCUUCCGCCGAUCCCGCCUUGGGGGGGGGGGAACGGGGGACGGAUCGGGGGAGAGCCGCAGUGGCGGUGGGGAAAGCGGAAGCGAAAGCGGGUUUCAGUUGGACCCGGGCCCCGCGAUCAGCGGCGGGAAUGGCGGAGACGAUGCGGCGAACAGGGACCCCGCUUUGCGAAACAUUCGACUGCCGAUCCACAAGGUCGUUCGCAGCAGCUGGCCGCGAUAUCGCCUGCGACGUCGCGACCAUUUCGGCGUCGCCAUGGAAGGCGUCGCAGAGGGCGACGAGGAAGAGGAGGAUGACGACGAGUUGUCGCCGUCGUCGCCUGCCGUCGCAGGGCUGCCUGGGCGAAGCCAGAGCGACGUGGCUGCGACAGGCACGACAGGGAUAGAACUAGCCGCAUCGGUGGCGAUUACGAUUUCGUCCGAAGCUGCGAUUGGCGCGCAUCCAUCCGACGUGGCGCGAUCCGGAGCCCUAUCCGUCAGUCAGCGACUCGCGGCAGCGGGCAAUUCUCCAGCCGCUAAUGACUCUAGGCCCGUGUCGCGCCGCCUAUCCGGGCAGAUGCGGCUCGCGGGAGGAGCCUGCGGAAAAUCUGGAAUAAUUGACGGUUCUGGAGCCGGCAUGCGUGACGAAAACAGGCCUGUUGCUGACUUCUGUGACAAUAGCGAUGGGUUUGUGAAUAUGGCGGGAGGGAUGAUGGCGGGGGGAAACGUGGGGAAGCUGUUUCAGCUGCUAGAGCACGUGGACAAGCACGGGGAUUAUUUCCGCGGUGACGUGGAGGACCCUGAUUCGACGAGCAGUCUGGAGCUGGAGGACGCGGCGAUGGAUGACGAACCAGGGUUUCUCGCGCGGACUGACGUGGCGCGGCUCGUUACGGACGGCACGGAUACGCAGUAUUUGCCCCGGCUGAACAAGUACUUCCCCUUCGGCGCGUUCACCAUCUUUUUGAUGAUGCAGGCGCUAGUGGCGGUGGUGAAGUCCCCCAGCGACAAGCGCGCCAUGACUGCCACGUCACUCGCCAUCUGCUUCGCCGUGUCCGUCGUUUGCCCCUUCAUCAAACGCACAGGGCACACCGCGCUCGUCCCCCGCAACAGCUGGAAGUGGCCCCUGGCGGUGCGGGUGGGAUCCACCAACCUCUUCAUCCACGCCGACGCCCAGACGCUCGCCCAUGCCGUCACUAAGGCCAUUGCCUUUAUUCCCCUGGGGCUCUGCAACGAGACUGCAGCGAAAAUACUCUUCCCAGGCCUCCAGCCCUACUGGCUGCUCUUGCUGCAGCUCUCCACGUUUCUCCUCGUCGCCUCCCUCACCUUCUUUGUCCACGACCAUGUGCCAUCCAUCCGCACCGCUGCCAGGCCUCUCGAACCCUCGCUUUUCCCUAUGACUGUCGAUGACGAAGAGGAAGAGGAUGGCACGCCACAUCCGCAUUGCCACUGCACGGCAUGUACAGCCGCUACCGAUGCUGCUGCUCACAACAACUCGUCUGCAGCCUCCUGUGCCUGCCACCAGCAGCAGCACCACCACCAGUGCCAUUCCUUCACCCCCCACCAACAUCCCCACACCUGCCAACACCACACCUGCCUACACCACACCUACCACAGCUACAGUCACGCCCGCCAGUGCCGCUGCCACAGCCAGGGUGGCAACAGCGGGUACUGCAACAGCAGCAUGACUGGCGGUUACAGUAACAACAGCGGUUACAGUCACAGCGUCACGGGCAGCUACACUCACAGUGGCAUGACCGCUCCUUACAGUAACAGCGGCAUGACCCCCGGUUACAGUCACGAAGGCAGGGGGUCGUCGUUCCUCGGCACGCCUUGCGAGUCGAAGUCGAACGCAGCGCUUCACUUCAACAGAUCGGGAUCCAUAAACUCAGUCGAGUGCACCCCUCAGCUGAACUCAGCUCAACUGAGCGUGCGUUCCUCCAUGGAGCUUCACUCGUCUGCUGAAAUUCGGUCCACUCGUUCCUCCCUUGAACUUCAACUUCAAUCCGUUGGCGGCCCCCAUUCCACCGAGCUUCUUUCAACGGACGUGCAGCGUUCAGGACAACUACUCUCUGUAUCUGGCAGCACCCCACCCACCAACCAUCCCAGCAGCAGCAGCACGCCACGCCACAACGUCUCUUCUGCUGGCCACACCCCUCCGCCUCCUGGCAGCCAAUCAGCUCAUCCCUUGAGUGCACAUGCCUGCUCGCCUGCACCUGACCCCCCUAUCAGCAGCGGCAGCACGCCGGGCCACAAUGUCUCUUUCGCCGGCCACACCCCUCCUGCUGCUGCCAGCCAAUCAGCUGAUCCCGUGUAUGCUGCAGAUGCCCGCUCGCCCGCACCUGACCACCCGUCUGUCAGCAGCAGCGGCAGCACCCCUUGCCACAACGUCUCUUUCGCCAGUCACACCCCUCCUCGCCACUUUGGAGCCGGCUCCACCCCCCCUCUCCUUAGGGGCCUCCCAAGCCCGCCUUCUGCUUCAGACAGCCCGUUCAGUGCGUCUGUCCACUCUUUCUCCACCCCUGCUCCUGAUUCUACUGCCACGGUUGGCUACAGGACUGCUUCUGCUGGCUUCAGCACUGUUGCUGCUGGCUCCACUCCCCUUCUCCUGAGAGGCCUCCCAAGCCCCCCUUCUGGUAUAGACAGCCCAUUCAGCGCAACCUUGUCGGCCUCCCCUCCUGCUCCUGCCGCCCCCUUUUCUGCUUCUUCUGCUGCUGCUGCUGCUGCUGCUGCUGCUGCUGAUGCUGCUGCUGCUGCUGCUGCUUCUGCUGCUGGUGCUGCUGCUGCUGCUGCUGAUGGUGCUGAUGCUGCUGGUCCGUUGGAAACAGAUGGCCUUGAUGGGUGCGGGGGGGCGUCUCCUGGAGCAGCAAGCGACUGCAGUAGCAGUAGCAGUGGUGGCAGCAGUGGUGGCGGCAGUGACAACGGCACUCGGUGUGGGUUGCUGUGCUUGGUGCGUAGGAACAGCAGCGGUGGCAGCAGCUGUUGCAGAGGCGUCAGCAACAGCAGCAGCAACAACAACGGCAAUGGCAAAAGCAGUGGCAAUGGCAACGGCAGCAGCAGCAAGAGUGGGAGGGGGUUGGAAGAAGAGGCAAGGGAGAAGAGGAGUGGGGAUGAAGAGAGGAGGGAGGGUAAAGGAGUGUUUCUUGAGACCUGUCAAAUCACUGGGGAGGAAGCCGAGGAGAAACGGAUUCCUUCCUUGCAAGUGGCUGCAAAUAAGCCCCAGAUUACUGAAGAAUCAAGAAGAGGCGCUAGUGUGGCUGAUUCGGGUAGCAGGGUUGACAAUAGUGAGGAUAGAAUAGAACGGGGUGCGCGUGCUUGGAGGCUAAUAUCACCCCCUAUGAUGGUGAAGGGAGGUAGACAAAAGGAGGAGGGGGGUGAGAGAUUGUAACAUCUGUCGCCAUCUGUUGCAAAGGGAGGAGGGUAGUGGGACUCCUCAACAUGUGAGAAAGAGCAAGGAGGCAACAGUCUCACAAGAGUGAAAGAGGGUGGGAGGAAGCACGAGAGUGUGAGGGUGGGAGGAAGCACGAGAGUGAACGGGGGGAAUGCAGCCGAUGUACCAAGAAGACAUGGGUGAAAGUCAGGCAGGGAGUGAAAGGGGGGAAGGGAGUGAAAGGGGGGGAGGGAGUGAAAGGGGGGGAGGGAGUGAAAGGGGGGAACAAGGAUGGAAGAGAUGGGUUGUUCGAAUUUGGUGGCUGCUACUGCCACCGGUGAUGGCCACGCAUGGUAGACCAACCGUGUUAGAAAGGAGUAGGGCGUUGAACUUUCUUAACGCGUAGAUAACUUGUAGGCAUCUUUAUGAGUCUAGAAAAGGCUGUAGGUUUUGAAGCUGUGUUAGGGCGUAAACUAUUUGGCUCUGGUUAUUGCUCUACCACAUUUGACUCUGCUUUCCCCUAUAUA